ACACUGUAAAAAAAAUGGCCGAUGUGUUUGGCGAUUUAGACUUAUUUUCUGAGUUCGAAAAAGAUAGAGAAGCAGUUGCAAGUUAUAUUCACUAUGGCGAGGAUAAUUCAAAAUCAAGAAUUGUAUUUGAAGAUUUUGAAUCUGAUAAAGAAAGUGAAUCAGAAGAUGACUACAUUGCUGAGAUCGAAACAACCGCAUCUAAGCCAGCAGAAGCCGAACCUCUACCUCCUGUGACCGACGAAGCAAGUCAAGUAAGUGAAUCAAAAACAUCAGAACCAGAGACGGUGGUAGCUGAAGCUGCGAGUACUGUAGAGGUAUCUGAAGUAGCACCAGAUGUCAACGAUGUUGAAAAACUUAAGCAAGAAGAACAGCACCAAGAGACGUUCAUUGGCACAGAGACAGCAGGGUAUGCAGUUCCAGAUGAAAUGUCAAUGUAUCAUUGUCAUUACAUGGGAGUUGGCCAAGAUGGCAUGGUUAUGAAUAUGCCUAUGGCUAUGGGGAUGAAUAUGAAUAUGAACAUGGAUGAAAGUGAAAUGAUUACUGAUGAGUCAGAAUACAUGAUGGGAGGGUAUGAAAAGAUGCAUCAAAAUGGAACAAUGUAUACCCAGCCAGUCGAGGAAAUCAAAUUGUCAGCUGAAGAUGAGGCCCAAGCUGCUUGGCUCAAUGAACAGCUACAUGCAGAAGCUGCAGAAGAAGCGAAAAAAUCUAAUACUAGUUCCCAACAAUUAAUAUAUGACCGAAAUAAAUAUCGUCGUUAUGCCAAGAUCCUGGAUUCCACAAGGUAUGUACCAGAUGAUGAGAGUCCAGCUGUACAGCUUAUUUUUAACAACAACUCAUUUGCCCGGAAAUACAGACAACAAAUUGAACAGUUCAUCAAGGGUCUACUCUGGGAAGAGUUUCAUUCAGUUCAACAAGACACAAUGUCUGAAAUUCUUAUAAAGCCUGGCCACCCCUCAUGUAUUGACAUUAACAGUAAUCUGACGCCUGAGCAAAGAACUGAAAGAAUGAGACAGAAACAUGGGAUUAUUGGCAACAGCCAAUUUCAUAAGCAGUUUUUAAUUGACUUCCUUGGAUGGCCUUUCACAGUGGCUGAACCAACUAGAUGUAACGUCAAUUGGGAGAUACCUCUAUAUGGCCAAGUAUUCAAUGAAGUCUAUGCAGACCCAACAAAUAGGCUUAAAAGGACAUCGAUGAAAAAACAAAAACAAGCUUGCUGGAACUGUGGUGAAGAAAACCAUGCUGUGAAUGACUGCAAGCAGCCAAGGAUGCCCUCUAGGAUCGCAGUUAAUCGUAGGGAGUUCUUGGCCCAGCAACAGAGUUCUGGCUCAUUUGAGCCGAAAUUUACAGGGCCAUCUCGAUACCACAUGGACCCAGAUCUUGCAUCAAAGUUUACAAAGUUCAAGCCAGGUGUUGUUAGUGAUAGCUUGAAACUAGCUCUAGGAUUAGCAGAGGACCAGCUUCCGCAGCACAUUUAUAAAAUGAGACUCUAUGGCUAUCCACCCGGCUGGUUAGCUGAAGCAAGACAAGUUGAAUCAGGUGUCACAAUCUUUGAUAAAAAUGGAAGAGUGACUUUAAUUACUGGCGAAUGCUUGGAGGAUGGGGAAUUAGAUGAUGAAAACCCAGAAAGUAAAACUGAAUAUGAUGUCAAUAAAAUAAUUGAGUUCCCUGGAUUUACUGUUGAUGUUCCUGAUGGCUAUUUGGAUGAGCAUGCCCUGUAUAAAAUGCCCCCAAUACAGCAACACCAGCUGAAGAAAACCUUACUGGCUCAGUCUCAGACUGCAGAAAAGGUGCCUUCAAAGAAAAGAAAACACGAGAAAGAUACUGAUGAAUCUGAGGUUAAAAAAGCCAAGAUUGAAGAAGGGGAAGAUACAGCCCCAGCCGAAGGUGAGGAGAGAACAAAUGAUUCAGUAGAAUCUGAAAGCAAGUCAGCAGCAGCCACACCUUCACAAUCUGGCCAUAUGCUGAGAUCCUCCUCAACCAUUUCUUUGAGCAAGGACUUCGGUACCCCUAUUUUGGUGAGAGAAAAGAUAAAACUUCCUGACGCCUCCAAAUUUGGAAAAGACAUUGAGGAACACAUACCAUUUGAAAACUUGCCCAACUCCACUGGAACAUUUGAAAAAAUGAAAGAUCUUUUAGACUUAAUUAGAAAUAAAGUUAAAAAGUAGCAGCAUCAUUUAUGAAGUACAAAUUAUAGAAUUUAAUUCUUUGUUGUAUAUAAAUAAUUACACCUUUGGUAAACAGUUCCUACGCUUUGAAAUAAAACCCAAAUGUAAUUUUGUCACAUAAUGUUUUGUGAAAUUCUUCAGAAUUAGGUCCUAGAACAUUUGGUUAUUAAUUUCUGUUGCAAUUUGGGAAAUCACCUUUUUGCUGGGGAGACGAAUCACACAAUUCUAUUCUAAAUGAUGCUUUUACUAUUUUAUUUGUUAAACACUUAACAAUAUAAAAAGAAAUUUAAGUAAGAAAAAGUAUGAAAGUUUUGUAGUAGUUAAACAUUAGGGAAAAAUAGUGUACAAAAUUUUAAAUGAGCUUCUCCUUGGAAUUUGUAUCAUCUAAUAUGAAUAGCUGUGCUUAAAUUGGGACCAUACAUGAUAAUAUAAUUUUUACGUAGUAUGGGAUUUAUACUAAGAGCAUCUUUGAUGUUCGAAGAUAAUGUGUAGGAUGGUUAACUUAGUAAGCUUUAGCUAGAUCUGCUGGCAUUUCUCACCUUUUAAAGAAAAGAUUCUGCCAUAUUUGUGUUUAAAUAAACUAUCAUUUUUAUACUAGCUAACACUACUGAAGGUUGGAAGCUCAUAAAUUUCAUUACUAGAAAUGUCCAAAAAGCAUAAUUAAAUCAUCAGAAAAUGUAUGUAGUUGAUAAAGAAACGAUUUGUUUGCAGUACCUCUAACAGUUGUAUCUGGUGUUACCAUGCCACGUGUUAAUAUGUUUAUUGAUUGGCCUGACAACAGCUGAUAGGAAAAUAUUGAUCUUUUGGGCUGCAUAUUUUUUCUCAAUUCUGCGCAGUAAUGACUCAGCUUAUCAUUUAAGCAAUCUUUUCUUUUACAUUAUGCAGUAAUUUCAUUCAGUUGUUAAACCUGAUUGAGUUUUCAAAAGUUGUCAUUUUUCAAAAGGUUUUUCUCCUAAAACAAUACCUUGUGGUUUGUUGAUAUAUAGGAUUUUGUGAUAGAAAAUGUAAUAUUACAAAUAACUAGGAUGUGGUCAUACAUUUCUUAAACUAGAAAAAUGUUAUGAUCUAGCAAAACAAUUGAUGGUUUAGUAAAAGGGGAUCUAAAAUGUCAACAUUUUAUGCACUUUGUAUGUUGAUGUGUGCAUCUUGAUUGAGAAAUGUUAUGCUUAACUUGGUACUGUUACACUUUUAUGUUAUUGUAUGCAAGUAAUCACUGAAAUUAAAUGUCCAAGAUUUUU